CCAGAAGCAGUAGAAGAGUCCCCGGAUUUUAAGUCGAUUUUCCAUAAUUCGCUGAGGAUUUCACGCGAGUUGCGCAACUUUCCUCUCCGCCUUCAGCCUCGUUUCUUCUGAAACACCGUCGCACAGGGAGUGAGCCGAAGCAGAAGCGCGUGAAACUGCGGAGGAGGGUUUCGAAGCGGAAGAGGGAGGAUGAUGAAGAAGCGGUGCGAGCUGUGUGAUCAGCGAGCGGCAAUGCACUGCGAGUCGGACCAGGCGAGCCUGUGCUGGAGCUGCGACGAGAAGGUCCACGGCGCGAACUUCCUGGUGGCGAAGCACGCCAGGGCUCUCCUCUGCCACGUGUGCCAGUCUCCGACUCCGUGGAAGGCCUCCGGCCCCAAGCUCGGCCCCACCGUCUCGGUGUGCGAGUGCUGCCGCCGGAUCUGCGAGGAGAAGGUGGAGACUGGAGCUCGAGGAGACGUAGGCGGCGACGGCUGUAGCCUGAGUGGCGGCUACGAGGAGGCCGAGGAUUACGACGACAACGAUGUGAAUGAGAUGCUCGAUGACGAUGAGCAUGAUGACGAAGGCGAAGAUGAGGAGGAGGAGGAAGAGGUCGACGAUGAAGAGGAGGAGGAGGAGGAAGGAGAAGAUGGAGAGAAUCAGGUGGUUCCGUGGUCGUGCGAUUCGCCUCCUCCGGCAGCUUCUUCGAGCACCGAAGAGGAAUCUACCAGUAGGACUAUUGCGGUCGCAAGCGGCGGUCUCUUGGCCGAAACAAUCGCAAGCGGUGGUCUCUUGGCCGAAAGAAUUGCCAGCGGUGGAUUGAGGAUGAAGCGGCCGCGCCAAAGCGAAGAUCUCGACUCUGACGACGAAAUCGGCUGUGUUUCUUCGGGAUUGAACUCGAGAACAUUAGAUAAGGAGGAAGCGACCUCUUCAUCGGCCUUGUUAAGACCGACGAAGCAGCGAAGAGCCGUUGAGGCGAGUCCGAUCGCGACGAGCGGUGGACGCGUGGGAGCAGAGUCUCUGAUGACCGCCCUCAAGAGGCUGAACGCCGCCACCGUAGGCAAUGCUGCUGCGACCGUCUCCAGCAUCUGCAGGCUGAGCGGAUAUCACCAGAGCCGCUGAUUUGAUUGGACCAAUCCAAUCCGUCCAGUUAGUUGACACCUCUCGCUCCUAACUCUCUGCUAAUUUCUGACGACCCCGCAUAAUUACGUUUUGAGAACAGCGGACUUCUCCUCCUGUUAUCUUCUUCUCGUUCCUUUUUUAAUUGAUUUUUUUUUCCUCAUCUGUUUUAGAUCUUUUCGAAAUAGGAUCAUGGCCACCUUCACAUAGCAUGCAUAGUAGAUUCAUCAAGUUUUGAUUUUGUCUACCAUGUGUUCUUGCUUUUUACUCCCUCGUCCUUCUAUGAAGCGUUUGGUACGAUUGUUGCUAGUAAUUGAAUUAUCAGAGAAGAAAGUGACGAUAAGGUAUGAAGGGGUGGCUAUUCAACACAACUUAGUGGUGUGGUUGGAGAAUUGAA